AUGAGAUUCUCUCGGAUUUUUCUGCUGCUGCUUUUCCUUCUUCAUCUUCAGUUGGCUGAUGGAUUGUUUUGGUUUAUUCCCAUCGCCAUGGCCCUGAGCACGGCGGCCACCAUUGGUACUUCGGUCUACUCGAUCGUCCAGGGUGAACGAGCCGAAAAACGCGAGCAGCGGAGGGAAGAACGAGAGAUCGAAUUGAUGCAAGAACGGAGAAGAAUGUCGCAUCAAGAAAAUCUACGUUUAGGAGAGGAGAAUCGCGGCUUUGGCGAAUUCAUCUACGCGGCAAAUGGCAAAUUGGAUGAUAUACAAUAUAUCUCCAAAGAGACUCUGCAGCAAGUGCUUGCGAACAACGACGAUGUCCGACAUUUGGAUCGAAAGCUCAAGAGUAAAACCCAAGAAGAACUCGUGGAGGCUCGAGAAGAAAUUUGCGAACUCGAGGCGGAAAUUCAAAGUGAACAAAAGGAGAGAAGUGACGAAUUCACGAAGAACAAUUCGCAAAUCUCGCAAAGUGCUGAUCGUUCCACGAAGAUUGAUGCUGAUCUUAGAGCCGAGAUAGAUUCCAAAAUCGCCGAACUGUCAAGGACCUUCUCCGCGUUGAAGGCCGAUUUAGAGAGGGAGUUGAACGAAGCGAGAGAGAAAAAUGCUGAGGUCGAGGGGGAAUUGAGGUCCGAAAACAUUAAGCUCCGAGCCGAUUUAUACGUAUUUCAAUCCCGUAAUGCAAGAGAGCUAAACGAAAGGAGGGAGAAAAAUGCUGAGGUCGAGAGGGAAUUGAGGUCCGAAAACAUUGAGCUCAGAGCCGAUUUGGCAACGAAAACCACCGAAUUGAGGGCUCAAAUAGAAUUUGAAAAAGAAAACAAAGCGGGCGAAAUCGCGAAGUUGCUGCCAAAUUCAAAACGAACGAUGACUUUGGCCUUUGAUCUGAAUGGAUGGUCGUAUUUGGAACAAACCGCUUCUUGGUACAAGGCUAUCGAUCAAAAAAUGACAUUUGAUGAAGCCGUGGCAUAUUGUGGGAGCAAAAAGAGCCACUUAGUCACAAUUCACAGUCAGGAAGAGAACGAUUUUGUUCAGGAACUCGCAAAGUCUGUUAACUCGCUUGAUUUCUUCUGGAUCGGACUGAAGAGAAAUCCAAACAAAGAAAAUGCUUUUGAAUGGACGGAUGGAAGCUCGGUGGAUUUCACGAAAUGGGAUGAAAGCCAGCCGGAUUCGAACACCCACGCUGCGGUGAGAUUUCCAGCG